GGUACGCGCCGAAUCGUUCAGUAGCAACGUCGACUCCGACGCGCAGUCUGGUCGGUUGCACGUUUGCGGUUCAUUUUCGCGCGUUCGCCGUAUCGUUGUGUUAUCAGUCGUUAUAAUAUAUCACUCUAUUAUUUCGCCACUCGUUAUCGGUCAUAUUUUGCGAACAGACGGGACUGGCCCGGUCAGAUCGGCCGUCGAUGUUAUCGCACACGUAUCCUCUAUAACACGGUCGCAUCGAUAUCCGCACAUUAUUGGCGCGGGCACAGAUGACUACCGUUGGCACGCACGAGUCGUCCGAUACCCUUUUGACAACGACACCAGAACGUCGUGCAAGUCCGCUAGUGAUAGUACUCGUCGCUUCGUCUGCGAGACAGGACAUCUGUCGUUCGGUUAAGUCACCACAACCAUGCCCGCGGUUAUAUCGAAAUACCUGGACGGACGGAUCAUCCGCCGGGACAACGUGAGCAAAGGCGUGCUGGCCGCGGCCGUGCUGCUGUACGGCUGCAAGAUCGGUUACCCCAUCGUGUUGAAAGUGUGCGGCGGCGGCGUCGCCGACGGUGGCAAGGGCGACAAAGGGCCCGAAGGCGGAUCGCGACGACCGUCGGGCGAGUCCAACGACAACAACAACACCAAAGGGUCUACGGCCAUCACCGCCGUCGCCGUGAUAGGCGGCGGUGGCAAGAGAUCGGCGACCGGCAAGAGGACGAGAGCCCCCGGACCGGGCAUCAACCGCGAGUUCCUGGUCCAGCUCAAGAAGCUGCUCCGGCUCAUGGUGCCCGGCUUUUGGACGCCCGAGGUGGGCCUGCUGUCCAUGCACACGGUAGCCCUGGUGUGCCGCACGUUCAUGUCCAUAUUCGUGGCCACCAUGGAGGGCAAAAUGGUCAAGUUCAUCGUCCGCCGGGACGUGCCAAACUUCGGGUGGAUGCUGUUCAAGUGGCUGCUGUGCGCCCUGCCCGCCACGUUCCUCAACUCCAUGAUCCGGUAUCUGGAGUGCAAACUCGCCCUGGCUUUCAGGACUCGACUGGUUAACCACGCGUACGGUAUGUACUUCAAGGACCAAACUUACUAUAGGGUGAGCAACAUGGACGGCCGGAUCGAGAACGCGGACCACCGGCUAACGGACGACAUCACGGCGUUCACGUCGUCCGUGGCGCACCUGUACUCGCACCUGACCAAGCCGCUGUUCGACUGUGCGCUGAUCGCGCUCACCUUGGCCAGGAGCAGCAAGCAAAUGGGCGCCGCUGUCGUGCCAGGACCCUUAUUGGCCAUCGUUGUUAUCAGCAUCACCGGACAGAUACUGCGAAUGCUGUCACCAAAAUUCGGUUCCUUAGUCGCCGUGGAGGCAGACAGGAAGGCUUACCUCCGUCACAUCCAUUCCAGGGUUAUCACGAAUGCCGAAGAGAUCGCGUUCUACGGUGGUCACAAGGUGGAAAUGAUACAUUUACAAAACGCUUAUCAGUCGUUGGUCCGACACAUGAAUGCAAUAUUCUCACAAAGACUGUGGUACGUCGUCCUAGAACAGUUCCUCAUGAAAUACGUAUGGAGCGGAACCGGAAUGGUGGUCGUGUCGUUACCGAUAAUAACUAGCUCAAGAUAGCAGGUAACGUAACUCAACGAUUCUCCGGACGGAGGAGUGAGCGAGCGAACUCAAUACUUGACUACGGCGAGAAAUCUGCUAGCUUCAGGAGCCGAUGCUGUCGAGAGAUUAAUGACUUCGUAUAAGGAAAUUGUCGAACUCGCUGGCUACACGUACAGGGUAGGCGCUAUGCUCGACGUGUUCAACGACGUCAGCAAGUGCAAAUAUCGUCGAAACGGAUUGAACAACGGAAAGGUGCACAAGACGUUACCGAAAUUGCACUACAACAAAGACGGGCAACUCGUGAUCAGAGGCGUCGUAAAAAACAGUCCAGACGGCAGCAUAUCGCUGUACGACGUGCCCAUAGUGACGCCCAAUAGCGACGUCGUCGUGUCCAGUCUGACGAUGACGAUGAAACCCGGCGAACACCUGCUGAUCACCGGUCCCAACGGAUGCGGUAAAUCGUCUCUGUUCAGGGUCCUAAGUGGACUGUGGCCCGUCUACGCAGGCACGCUAAUAAGGCCGCCAAACUGUUGCAUGUUCUACAUACCACAAAGGCCGUACAUGACAAUAGGAAGCCUGAAAGAACAAGUAAUUUACCCAGACACUCUUUCGGACAUGCUGACCAAAGGCAUUACAGAACAAGACUUGGAGGCGUGCCUUGCCCAAGUCCACCUGUCCCAUUUGGUACAGAGAGAAGGCGGUUGGGACGCGACUGCCGACUGGAAAGAUGUUCUAUCUGGUGGCGAAAAACAAAGGAUGGCCUUUGCCAGAAUCUUUUAUCACAAACCGUCAUUUGCCCUUCUGGAUGAAUGCACCAGUGCCGUGAGCAUAGACGUCGAAAGUGACAUGUACCAGUCUGCCAAGGACUCCGGCAUCACACUGCUCACCAUCACCCACAGGCCGUCCCUAUGGAAAUUCCAUUCGCACAUAUUGCACUUUGAUGGUGAAGGCGGGUGGAAACUUUCAACACUAGGACAAAAAGAAAAAGAUACCGGCAUAUUAGCGAUUGAACAACCGAAAGAUAAAUUAAUGAAUGGAAUUUCUUAGUGUGAAAAUCAUAAACGUUGAAAACAUAUCUUGCCAACCUUUAAAUUUUAAUGAAAACCAUGUGAUUAUUAAUUUAACGAUUUAUAAAAUUUAUUAUUUUUAAAAUGUAUAUCUAUACCGAUCUGCGUAGGUACGUGUUUUUCUUCUUCAAUUUGUAUAAAUUUAAACUGGAGAACAGAAUAAUAUGUAUUUGAAUAUUAUUAUGUAUAAAAUAUAAAUAAGGAUGACGUUUUUA